AAAAAAAACAAACAAAAAAAAAAAAAAAAAAAAAAAAUGAUGAAGGCUGCUGCUCUUUCCUGGGCUAAAAUUCAGUUUCCCUCCAGGUCUCCCAGAUGUUGCCCCUGGGAAGGGUUAUAAAACAGUGCUGCAAGGUGUCCUGGACCUGGAAAACUGAACAUGUGUAGGUGUAGCAGUUUUUGGGAAAGUCUAGACACCUUUGGUAGCUACCCUGUAUUCUUGCCAAUCAGCCUUCUUGAAGUUAGUGUUUUUACCUACAAGAUCAUUGUUUAAACCCAUCCAGUUUUUGCUGAAAGGCUGAUCACCAUAGUCCUGUGUUCAGGGAGCAAUGGUCUUCAGUUUGCAUGAGUAGAAAGGAUUCGGGGUGGCAGGGAUCAUGCAUAAUUCAUAGCUGUAUUCCUAAGAUCCAGCCCUGGAACUAGUGUGCGGCAAGACAAAUAAAUACUCAUAGAAUACGUGACCGCUGUUUGCUGCUUGUGUGUGCCCAGUGGGAUAGCCAGAGACCAUAAGAAGAAGCCAGGCCACAAUGACACUAGGACUGCCCAGCAGAUUUCACCCUCUAGUGGUUCCACCUCCCACGGCUAUUUGCCCUGAAUAUGUAACUCAGGCUUUUCAGCCAUUUGCAGAACUUUGACCUUCUGGAGGCAGGGAGUUCUAACCCCCCUCCCCCCAUUUUGGUUCUAGCCAGCCUAUUCUGUUCUGAACUGCCUGACUUGCUUUUAUUAGCUAAAGGAAGAGCCUGAGGCCAUUGGGAGUCAACGCCGCCCGCCCCGUUCUAAAUCCCAGCCUGCCCUGUGGGCUUCCCACACCCCUUCCCAUCCCCUGGGAGCUAGAAAGACCUGUCUAAGCAGGGGUUUGGACUACAUCUCCCAGAGUGCCUGGCAGAGUAGUGGCCUCGGUGUGCCGGCUGCACCAGUUGCGGGUGACAAUGCAGCGGACAGCGAGUGUGGUGGCUCUGGGUUUUCGCCUGCAGGUACAACCCUUGGUCCAGAGCCGCCCACUCAGUUAUGUACAGGUGGGAUAAAGGGCACUGGUGGGAGUUUGUUACUGGUCUUGGAGGGUCGGGGAGGAAGCUGAUGGGACUGGGCCCUGGUGGCUUUAAGCCUGGCUGUCCACAGGAUGUGCUCCGCAGGACUCCACUCUAUGACUUCCACCUGGCCCAUGGAGGAAAAAUGGUGGCGUUUGCAGGGUGGAGUCUACCUGUUCAAUACCGGGACAGUCACGUUGUUUCACACCUGCAUACACGCCAGCACUGUUCUCUCUUCGAUGUGUCCCACAUGUUGCAGACCAAGAUAUUUGGUCGUGACCGAGUGAAGCUGAUGGAGAGUAUAGUGGUUGGAGACAUUGCGGAACUAAAGCCUAACCAGGGCAUACUGUCACUGUUUACCAAUGAAGCUGGAGGCAUCUUAGAUGACUUGAUCGUGACCAAUACUUCGGAGGGGCACCUGUAUGUAGUGUCCAAUGCUGGCUGCUGGGACAAGGACUUAGCUCUCAUGCAGGACAAGGUCAAGGAGUUCCAGAACAGGGGCAGUGAUGUAGGCCUGGAGGUGAUAGAUAAUGCCCUGUUAGCUCUGCAAGGACCUGCUGCAGCACAAGUGCUACAGGCUGGUGUGACAGAUGAUUUGAGGAAACUGCCCUUCAUGACCAGUGCUGUGAUGGAGGUCUUUGGUGUGGCUGGCUGUCGCGUGACCCGCUGUGGCUACACAGGAGAAGAUGGUGUGGAGAUCUCAGUGCCAGCAGUAGGGGCAGUCCACUUGGCAACCGCUCUGCUGAAAAACCCAGAGGUGAAGCUGGCAGGACUAGCAGCCAGAGAUAGCUUACGCCUGGAGGCAGGCCUCUGUCUGUAUGGGAAUGACAUUGAUGAACAUACUACACCUGUGGAGGGCAGUCUCGGCUGGACACUGGGGAAGCGGCGCCGAACUGCUAUGGACUUCCCAGGAGCCAAAAUCAUUGUGCCCCAGCUGAAGGGCGAGGUGCAGAAGAGACGUGUGGGGUUGAUAUGUGAAGGGGCCCCAAUGAGAGCUCACAGCCCUAUCCUGAGCACAGAAGGCACUGUGAUUGGAACAGUGACCAGUGGCUGCCCUUCACCCAGCUUGAAGAAGAAUGUGGCAAUGGCAUAUGUGCCAUUCAAAUACAGUCGGCCAGGGACACAGCUGCUGGUGGAGGUUCGGCGGAAGCAGCAAAUGGCGGUGGUUAGCAAAAUGCCCUUUGUGCCCACGAACUACUAUACUCUCAAGUGAAGAUGACCCAUGGGAAAGCAGUUCCCUCCAGGAGUCUUGCCCUAGAAGGCAUUCCAUAGUGCUUAGUCAGGACAGAAGUAGAACUCACAGGGGUGGGUGGAAGCUGAAUGGGGUUUGUUGUGGUCUGAUUAGGGUGGGAGAGCACCCAUCUAUUCUCCUUCCCCACCAAGCUAUCCUAACUUUAGGGCCUGAUUUUUAAAUGACAAAUCACCUUACUUAAUGUCCUAUUUUAGUUUGCAAUCCCACUAACCUUAUUCUGCCAGGGGCUGGCCAGAGAACAAAUGUCUGCCUUUGUGUACCUACCCAACCUACCUCACGAUGGUCGAUGGUUUCUCUAAUUUCUUUUCUUUCUUUUUUUUUUUUUUUUUUGGUUUUUUGAGACAGGGUUUCUCUGUAGCUUUUGGUGCCUGUCCCGGAACUCGCACUGUAGACCAGGCUGGCCUCGAACUCCCAGAGAUCACCUGCCUCUGCCUCCCAAGUGCUGGGAUUAAAGAAAGGCAUGCGCCACCACCGCCUGACGGUUUCUCUAAUUUCAAAGGGCUAUUACUGUGGGCAGUGUGAGCUUAGGUGCCUUCCACUUUGCUCCCCAUGAAUGCAUACUCUACCUUUCCUCGGAUAAAAACGACUCCUGGCUCAGUGUCGGGUGAGUUGUUCCUGUGUGCAAACUUAGGGAUGGUUAAGCAAACACAGACUCACCCUUCCACAUUCCCUAGUCAACUCAGCCUGCUGUGCAGCAGCAGGACAUGGCAGGCUGGGUACUUGGACUGACCUUAGCUCUUGUUGUGAAUAACUGUAUUUUGCUAACUCUUGAAAAAAAAUUAAAGUUUCCUUCUGGGGCUGGAGAGAGGGCUCAGUGGUUAAGAGCACUGGCUGUUCUUCCAGAGGACCCAGGUUCAAUUCCCAGCACCCACACAACAGAUCACAACUGUCUGUGAUCCAGCUCAAGGGGAUUUGACACCCUCAUACAGAUAUGAAUGCACGCAAAACACCAAUGCACACAAAAAUAAAUAAGAAAAUUUUCUUUCUUCUUA